CAAUAAACACUAAAAUAUGAUUUAUUUUUAAUAACACUACUAACUACUAAGAGUUUUUUUUCUUUAUCAUAAAAUAAUAAUGUUUUGGUAACUAAGUCGAAUCAAAAUUGUGAAUGUAAGAACACUAUGAAUUGGUAAUGUUCUUAGUUCGUUCACAAAAUGUUCUUAGUUUGAUUACAAUAUAUUCUAACAAAUUCUUUUAAACAAUUUCACGGAAAUCACCAUUUAAAAUAAAAAGCCAAUUAUUUAAUUUUGUUUAACCUAUAGGAUUGAGAAUUUGUUAAUAAUGUUAUGCAAGCUAUGAAAAAAACUCUGAUGGUAAUGUACUAAUGCUACGAGCUUUUCAAAAUCAAAUCAUUCACUCACGAUAGUGUUUUAGCACUAAUAAUUAUUAAAUAAAGUGAUUUUAAUCCAACGUUUUUUCAAAAAAAAAAAUACAUGGAGAUAUUUAACCAAAACUGAUCUCACUAUCUACAUCAACAAAUGUAUUUGAAGUUACGUAAAAACUAAAAAAAAUUACACGAACAAGAAUAACCAAAAAAGAAGAAGCAAAAUACAAUAUAAGAGUGGGUGUAAAACCGCAAUCAAACCAAAAAUAGUAAAAACUGAUCCAUGUUAAACAAACAAAUUUGAAAACGUUUGUGUAACCAAACCAAAUUGUAUAAAAACAAGUUUUCUUUAAUUUAAAUGUAUCAAAUUUUCAUAUUACAAAAAAAAAAAUUUCCAUAUAAACAUAAGGGAGAAUUUGUGAAAUAACCAAGAAAAAAACCAAAAUUAGAUUUUUAGAAAGAGGGAUGAGAGAGAUAGGAAGGGAAAGUAACUAUAACAAUUAAAUAAAUCAGUAUUUAUUUUGAAGUAACUUGUUAACAAAAACAAACCGAAACCAAACCGUAAACCAAAUUAUCCCCCUAGUUCUUUUUAUAGAAACAAAUAUAAAAAUCAAAAGUUACGUUUUUCCAUAAAUAAAUGAUUAGGGAUAGAAAGUCCCACAUCCAAAAUACACACACUAACCAUAUAUAAAUAGAGAUAAAUACACACGUAUAUAUAAACAACAUAACACACGAAACACAGAGAGAUUUAGAAAAAAACUUGGACGCCUCUCAGCUUCACCGAACAUCACGGUGGCUAUAAUACACAAAGAACGAAAGAAGAAGAAGAAAAAAAACGAUAACAUGGUCAACCACUAACCAAAACAAAAAAAAAAACUAACUUUCUCCCUCUCCCUCUCUAAAUAUACGUUUCUUUCAUCUUUGGCGGCGAAAUGUCAACGGCCGGCGCUAACCCAUUGGCCGUUGCACCAAUCACACGCCGCCGCAUCGGAGACUCCCUCGAAACCCCCACCACAACCACCUCAGAACGACCCUCUGUCUCCUCAGAUUACUGCAACAUAGUCAACAUCUCCUUGCCGGACCUAGACGACGUCGACGCCGCCGCAACCGUCGGAACAAACGGUAACGGCGCGUGUUCCUCACCUUCCUCCUCCUCCAGCGGAUCCCAUUACCACCACUACCACCACCACCACCACCACCCCACGAUCCGGUACCUUCUCCGCGGCGGGAAACUGAAACUGCCGUUUGUGUGCGACGGUGGGUUCUUUGGGAGGAACGUGGGGCGGAGGAUCUUGGGGCUCCUCAUGGUUCUCGUCGUUGCUUCUCUCUUUGUCAGAGUCUCGCUGAUGAGUGGCCACGUGCACCGGAGGGAUUUGAACGAGCUCGUGGUUGUUAGGGCGUUGCAUGAAGAUUGGUCGAUGGCUCAGAGGGCGAUGACGGAGAACGUUGCUUCUGAGAAGCUUCCCAUUCCUGAGAUAUGGCAAAAACCUGAAAGUGGAAACUAUCGCCAGUGUGCUUCACGUCCCAAGAACCGUUCAAGGCUACGUAGGAAAACCAAUGGUUAUCUUCUAGUACACGCAAACGGAGGAUUAAACCAGAUGAGAACCGGAAUAUGUGACAUGGUUGCUGCAGCAAAGAUCAUGAACGCGACCCUCGUCCUCCCUCUCCUCGACCACGAGUCUUUCUGGACCGACCCCAGCACGUUCAAGGACAUUUUCGACUGGAGACACUUCAUGAACGUACUAAAAGACGACGUUGACAUCACCGAGUACUUGCCUCCACGCUACGCAGCCAUGAAGCCUCUCCUAAAAGCUCCCGUCUCCUGGUCCAAGGCCAGCUACUACAGAACCGAGAUGCUACCUUUGCUAAAAAAACACAAAGUGAUAAAGUUCACACACACUGACUCACGCCUCGCCAACAACGGCCUCCCACCAUCUAUCCAACGCCUUCGAUGCCGCGCUAACUACCAGGCACUUGCUUACUCCAAGGAGAUUGAAGAGCUCGGAGAAGUUCUUGUGAACCGGUUGAGAAACAACAGCCAACCCUUCAUCGCUCUCCAUUUAAGAUACGAGAAAGACAUGCUCGCCUUCACGGGAUGCAGCCACAACCUCACAAGCCAAGAAGCCGAGGAGCUGAGGAUCAUGAGGUACAAUGUCAAACACUGGAAGGAGAAAGAGAUCGACAGCAGAGAGAGGCGUGUCCAGGGAGGCUGCCCCAUGUCUCCACGAGAAGCGGCUGUGUUUUUAAAAGCCAUGGGGUAUCCUUCUUCCACGACGGUUUACAUAGUCGCUGGAGAGAUCUACGGAGGGAACAGCAUGGACGCGUUCAGAGAAGAGUACCCUAAUGUCUUCUCUCAUUCGACGUUGGCGACUGAAGAGGAGCUGGAGCCGUUUAAGGCCUACCAGAACCGUUUGGCUGCGUUGGAUUAUAUUGUGGCGUUGGAGAGCGAUGUGUUUGUGUAUACGUACGAUGGGAACAUGGCUAAGGCUGUGCAAGGGCAUAGGAGGUUUGAAGGGUUUAAGAAGACUAUUAAUCCAGACAGGUUGAAUUUUGUGAAACUGAUAGAUCGUUUAGACGAAGGUGUGAUGUCAUGGGAUGAGUUUUCUUCAGAGGUGAAGAGGUUACAUGAAGGGAGGAUUGGAGCUCCUUAUGGUAGACUUCCCGGUGAGUUCCCACGGCUAGAGGAGAAUUUUUAUGCGAACCCACAGCCGGAUUGUAUCUGUAACAAGUCUCAGAGUCAGAGUGAGCAAGUGUGGAAAUCAAGUUUAAGAACAGGCUCAGGUAGAUGGAAGGAGAGUGUUUGAUGAAGAUAUAGACAACAACAAGACACGUUGAUGCAAAAACUUUUGUAGCCUUCUUUUUGUACAAUAUAGGAGAAAAAAAAGAAGAUGAUUUCUUGGAAGAUGGACACAAAGCUGUAGAAUGUAUUCCACUAUAUACAUGAUCAUCAAAGAUAUAGCAUUAUAUUUCUUUU